AUGGAUCCGGACGGAGCACUUAGCAGAAGCCUGCAGCAGCUGUACGCCGGCGACAGCCCGUUCGCUAGGAGCCGUGGCUACGGCCACGACUUGGAUUGGAUCCUGGGCCACCCGAGGGCGAGACCCAGCAAGCGGCUCUCGGAGUUCCUGGGCGGUCCCGGAAAACGAUACUCCGAGUUCCUGGGCGGCCCGGGAAAGCGCUACUCAGAGUUUCUGGGAGGCCCGGGAAAGCGCUACUCAGAGUUUCUGGGAGGCCCGGGAAAACGCUACUCGGAGUUCCUCGGCGGUCCCGGAAAGCGAUCCGUUGCCGAUGACGUCAUGGCGGCUGCGGCCGAACGCAGUCUGCUCCACUCGUCGUCGGCGGAGCAGCAGGAGUCCGGCUCCGCCGCCGGCUCCCUCCGAAAGUGACGUGUGACAGACGCGCGCUUGCCUCGCGCCAGAAAGAAUUCAUGACCGAGCGACCUCUCAUUUCCCGUCAUUAUAGUUGCACAUUUCGUUGUCCUCUCAGGAUGAACGCCCUAUGCGCCAUGGACGAAAAAAAAAACAAUAAAUGUCGCAGAGCAACGACCGAGCCUGAUUACGUUGUGAAAACUGCUCUAUAUAUAGAGUCAGAAACCUAGCCCCCGAGCUUCGUCUCGGCGUGCAUUUGGCAAGUGUAGACAAGCUGGGUUCAAGUGUGUUUGUUCCGACUGCAACAUUUAGGCCUGGUUGUUCAGCCGCCGGUAGCUUUCAUUCGCUUUGCUUUAAUUUAUUGCACGUGAAAGUCUGUACAACUUGUGUGGCAGCAGACGCAAACCAAGCGUAUCUGUAGCCGUGGAUAUCGAGUACAGAAAGUCUGUCUGGUUCUCUUAUCGUUUUCUCGUUUGGCAGCUAAUCUGUUACAGCAUGCCACACAUGCACCCAAAUCGCGGGAUGUCUCGAGCCAGGCGAGAGCAGUCUACCUGCGGGAUCGUCGUGUGUCGCGAGCUACACGAAAUAAAUGUUUUGCUUCUUUUUUGUUCCUCCAACAUAUCAGCAACUAUGUGCAAUUGCAUGCACUGCGUAUAUGUCCUGUUAUACAUUUUCAAGAAAUCAGACUAUGUUCGCUUCUCUUUUCUGCGAAGUUACUUUAGGGCAGCGUUAUUGUUAAUGCCCUGUAAUCAGCAGAAAAAUAUAUUUAAUCAAAAUUGAAAGGUAAACAAAGCGUAACGCACAUUGGAUUCUGUGGUUUCAUUUAUAAACCCCUGGCUGAAAGCAAUAGCACAAAAAUUACUUUCUCGUCCCAAGGUUGAGCGCUGCUGUACAUCGAGGUACUGUCACCGCUGCUUCGAAACACUCGUGAAAAGCUUUCAUCUCGUCGCAAAUUACGUAACAAACACAUUCACUGGCAAUACUCAACGGAGCGCGACGUCAGAGGCACCCUCGUUCAGCAGACCGGAGCCCGCCAGGUGUUUCUUUGUUUAAAACGCAGGAGAUCUGGGUUACACGUUACCAAGCGGAGAAAAAAAAACGCCACUGUAAACGACGAGAUAAACAUUUGCCCGCCACCUGCUAUGUCGCAGGUUUCUGCUGUAUGCACGCCGGAGAUGUGUUGGACGAUGCUUUUCAGGGAAACCGCCGAGCGACAUUGAAAAUAAUGAGAGGGAGAUAUUUAAAAAAAAAUCCAAAUGCAAUCAGUAACACGGACAAGAAGUUAACGCCGAGAUAGAUCGCGAGCUAUGACGCAACAACCAAAAACAGAAGGUAUGACGGCCUUUUCUCUCUUUCUUUCAUUAUUAUUAUUUUUUUCACAUGCGUCUGCGGCGUCAGAAAACUGCCUCUGUACAGAAUACGCGGUAUUUUGGUCAAACAAUCAACCAUAAAGUGUCAGAAGAGCGGUCUUUGGGGAGAAAAAGAUCUACGUUAUCUUGUCCGAUGCAUGGAACUAAUCGGUGCUUCCCCGUUUGCUUUUGUGACCUCCCCUUUUGAGUCGUUCGAGACCUGCCUUUCUCUCUCUCUCAGUUGAGAUACAAGUAAACGUGACUCGCGGGUUUGCAGUGUAUUUAUCUCUCUCGGCAACAUCAAUCAACCUUUGUAAUAGCCGGCUGCAUUGCAGCUCUUGCGAACGCUGUCAUUGAAGAUGCCGAAGAAAACAGUGUGCCGGGCAUCACGACACGCGUCUAUCUUUCCAAUUCUUCUCGUUCCUCGCGUGGCUUAGAAAAGAAGAAAUAAAGGAUGUUGUUCACUGA